AUGUGGUGGGAAGAUGGGAAAAACGUGGAUGCCUUGAUUCUGGUAAAGGUGAAGAUUGAGGAAAGUGUGCGAAUGUGUACUGAUAUAAUUAUACGUGUACCGGAUACGUCACAUACGGUCUCUGGAAAAGUUGGAUAUCCCAUGGGUAUGCGAUUUGAUGAGUUCACUCACAUCUCUGAAUUGACUCAUGAGGGCUUGCCAAGGAAGAAGGCUUUCAUAGUUAUUGGAAUUAAUACUUCUUUUAGUAGUAGGAAGAGGCGCGAUUCGGUCAGACAAACUUGGAUGCCUCAAGGAGAGAGACUUCUUCAAUUGGAACAAGAGAAGGGAAUUAACGUCCGGUUCAUGAUCGGCCAUAGUGCAACAUCUAACAACAUACUAGAUCGAGCCAUUGAUUCAGAAGAUUGUCAGCAUAAGGACUUCCUUAGGAUGGAGCAUGUUGAAGGGUAUCAUGAAUUGUUUGCAAAAACCAAAAUUUUCUUCUCCACUGCUGUUGCAAAAUGGGAUGCUGAUUUCUAUGUAAAAGUGGAUGAUGAUGUCCAUGUCAAUUUGGGUAUACACUAUCUCUUUUCAUUUUCUUUUCUUGUUAUAUUCUUUCUUCCUUUUUUCCCAAAUUUGGGUAGCUUUUGUUAAUUUUGAAUUUGCUGAGUGAUGCAUAUUGCAUAAAACUGUUAUGACCCUACCACUAUUAUAUAUUUUCCA